AUGGUCUUCGGCCGUCGCAAGAGAAGUGCCUCUGUCCAUCACCAGCCUCUCUCCUCACCCGCCGCGCAAUCCGCCCAGUCCGCCGCCAGCCAUGCUUUCCUAAAAUCCCAACCCUCCACAGCCAGCUUAUCCUCCGCAGCGGCAGCAGCUGCGCUUCGCAACUCCACGCCCACCCCGACCCCCAUCGAAAAUGUCCAGACAAAACGCAUGGUCCAGCGGCGCAGCUCGACCCAGUCACAGGUUAACCCCCUUGGCGGUCGCCGCUCGGCCAGCGUGGGCGGGACGCUGCGCCGCUCCAGUAGCAAUAGUUCGAUGAGCGCACGCACUUUUCGCGACCAGUCCCCCCAUCGCCCAGCUACAAGCUCUGGACCCGUCGGGCCCGUCCCUGUACCCGUCGAUGUGCCGCCGUUACCUAGUCUCCCGGCCCAGUUUACACCGCGGAAGCUGCCGAACCGCCGCGCACUGAGCAUGGAACCGUCAAUGCGUUCGCCUCCAUCGUCUCCGCCGCGCACUGGAGCGAGGGGCGUGGAUCGGGAACAUGGGCGAGGGUCUCCCAUUCAACUAGCUACGCAUCAACGCGUAACUAGUCUUGGGACUGUUCCAGAAUUGGAACGAUCAGCGAGUCGAAAUUCGGUGAACUUCUCAUACCCCCUGGGCUCGCGGGCUACCUCGCCAACCGCGAUGUCUGAGAGUAAUCCGAUGAGCCUCCACGAUGCUAUUCAAGAAUCGAUUGCUGAGGUAUCUGACAAACAUCCAAUGGGGAAACCUACGGCACAGCUCUCUGGCAGUCUAGAGGAAAGCCCCAUUGUAAACAAAUCUGGUCCUUUGGCUGGCACCGCAGUUGCUGCAGCCCAAGCGGUUAGUGUGCCAAAGAACAGCCCAAGUGCGAAUGGUCGGACUGGAAAGCUGCAUAAUUCGCUUAUAGAGGCCGAUCCUCUAGACCAAUAUACGGGUAACGCAGUGUCUGUCGUGGCCAGCGUGGAAAGUGAACACCCAUCCUCCCGAUCUCUUCCUGCGCCAUCCACCAUCCGAGAAGAAGUAGAACCCAAAGAUGAUGGCAUGAAUGUCGAAGAUAUUCCCAUGCGGCAAGGCAGAGACCGGAUGACGAGUGCCUCUCCAACUGCUGAUCACGUAGAGGCAGUGCCAGUGCCGUCAUCCCCCUCGACGGAACUGCAAAUAGGGCAGCAGCCAAACCGUCAGUCGAGCAGCCCAGGUCGAACUGCUCGCUUCUCCAGGUUACUCUCAGUGGCUGGAGCCGGUGAUCAAGUUCACCAGCCUCCGCCCAGAUCAGUAUCUCCUGUCAAAUCGGCCUUGAAACACCCAAGAGAAACCUCCUUAUCGCCUAAUAGGAGGGCUGAGGCAACCGGUCGAGUCCUACCACUGAGCGAGUUAUCAGAUGGAACCUCGGUGGCUUCUGACGAAGGAUCCCGGGUUGAUGCCAAGAAGAAGUCUGUCAAGGUCAGUUUCGAUGAUGAGGCUGAGGUUUUCAAUGCAGCAGCCAGCCCUCCUACCUCGCCAGAAGAAUAUAUGCCUGAUUCCCAACCCGGCGGUAAAUCCAAGUCUCGUAUGAGUUGGCUUGGUGUUGGCAAGAAGAAGUCGCCCGCGGAGUUUGCGAGCGACGAUGACUGGGAUGUAGUCAUGAAACCCCGACAAGUUCUUCCAUCUUUCGGUAGCAUUCGAGGAAGCCGAGGCGGCGCUCAUAAGAGGUCGCCAAUCCCUGAUUUCAGUGACAAUGAGUCCAGCUGUUCGACUGAAUCUGAUGUGGUGCCAAAGCCGGGUAUAUCUCUCUCAAAUGACCACACUGUCGGAAGUUUGCCGCCUAAGACGCAAAAAGAUGAAUAUUUCCACCCACGCGAUUUGAGCGCUUUGGAGCAAUUAUCUGUCAACGGCACUUUGCAUACUUUGCAUUCAGAUACCAGCCCAGGGGCCAAACGAGCGGCCAGAGUCACCCAUGACGCCACUGAUAAACAGCCGUAUUCCAGCGUGGGCUCUGAACUAUCUGUGCCUGCUAUUGCUGUCGAGCCUGCUACGCCCCCAGCAGACGAAACCAACCAAAAUCUCGACGUGAAGAGAGCUAGCCUAGACCAGUAUAGGAUUCCGGGAGGAUUCCCGCCCUCCAGCUCAGACCGCAGUCUCGAUUCGGCUGCGAAGAAGACCAGCGCCCAGGCCGUGGCGAGCGCUGUUCCAAAGCUGGAUGACUUGGACGCAGAGGAGUCGUCUGGUGAUAGCAUCUACAGCGAUGCAGCGGAAGACAUUGACGGUGAUGGGUUUGGAUCCAUCAAUGCCAUUGUUGAUAAUCGAUCAGCACCUAGAUCGGUACCUAUUGAGGAGAAUGCGAGCGAAUCCCGGGACGCAACGCCAAGGCCUAUCAAUAGAGCCGCCAUCGUGGAUAGUCAGUCACAAGAUGUGACAGAUCAACCACUUGCGGAUUCGCGCUGCAUGACACCGACUCAAGACUCGGUCAACCGCCUGGUAGAGGAAUCUCCUGCCUCUUCGGUUGGCCAUGGACUUAGUUCUGCACACUCGCCAGUGCCAGUGCCGUUGCAAACUCGCAAUGUGACUGCUCAGGAUGACAGCGUCCAAGCACAGCGCACCGCGCGAACCCGCCCCAUGUCGGUGGAUGUGAAUGGCACGUCUCGUAUGCAGGACCCUCGGUGGUCGAGCAACGAUGCUUCUCCACGAGGUGGCAAGGCUAAACCACGUCCCAUGUCUCUUGGUCCAGUUUUCCACAAUUCAGGAGGCCAACCAGGUGUUCCUGGCAGUCUGCGCCGGCAAAUGUCGAAUGAAAGUGAUUCUUCAAGCAGUUUCAAACGAUCUUCUCCCCGUGGAGAUCCCCACUCCUUGCGACGGACGAUGAGAGCCGGCGCUGCUGGUGCUAACGUCCGAGUGCAAGCUCCAACGGAACGCAACGAGUCUCCCCUUGAACAUCGUCCUCUUUCAUCUGGCUCCUCGAAUGGCACAAUGCGUAAGACUCUCCGAGGACCUGCGGGAGGUGAGCGAUAUACGUUCUUCUCAACAAACAAGAAGGCCCCGCCAAGAGCGAAGUUUACCAAGGCGCCCCCUAAGUUGGCGCGCUCAACUCGGUUCGCAAAUUCAGAUGGCGAGGAUGAAGCCCGACCCCGGGUCUUCGCCAGUCGAUUCGUAGAUUCCAGCGACGAAGAGCCUGGAAGCAACAAGCUACGUCCUGUCCGCGGUAUCCCUCGUCGCCAAGGUGCCGACGACGGUGACUCGACAGAGUUGGAGGAUAGUUCGGAAGAGAGCGCCCGGCAGCAAGCACAUCCAGUGCUUGCGUCCCAGCCAACGACCUCUUCACCUGGAUCCUACGGGAAAAACGCAACAAACAUGUCUGGAAUGGCAGCUGUAGCCAAACAACGUGGCAUGUCGCAGAGAGACUUAGAGGAGUUCAUCAUGGCGCCUCCCCGUGGUCGGAAGCCAGGACUUCUCACCCGGCUAGGGAUUAAGAAACCCAAGAACUCAGACAAUAGAGCUCGCGAAGCUGGCGUCGAAAGCCCCUCGCGGGGAGACAUCCCCCUAGAGCGGUCGCCUCUGGAACGCGAUCAAUUACGCAGCGAGGGCAUGGUGAAUGGAAACCGCGGCAUGACCACAACCACGGUGUCUGCUGGGAAUCCCGAGCCGACUCGCCCAUCCAGGCUGGUGAAGAGAAACUCUAAACGCCAGUCGACGGGGCCAAACCCUUGGCCGCUUCACCCCAGUGCCAAGGAAGAAGAGCCUCUCCAGCCAGUCGCGGAACAGCCAAACAGCGCCCCGUCAUCUGUUCUCCAAACGCAAGACCCUGCGCCGCCAACACAUAGUGCAGGUGCAGUACACAAUGAGAGCGCCCUUGUCAAUGGGAAUGGCGCUCACGGUGCAUCUCCGAUUGCGAAGGAGCCCGGGGUACCCCGCGACGGACCAGAUCCAAACAAUGACAGCACUUCUGAAUUCACGAACCCCGAUGACCAUGGGCUUUCGGCGCGCGACAUCGUGAUCACUGGCUCUGGACGAAAGAAACGAUUUCCUCUUCUUCGGAAGGCAUUCGGUCUGCGGAAUUGA